GGUCACAGCCCCAGGGAGCUCUGGACCCUGGACGGCGGCCGAGGGGGAGGUAAACAACAGGGCUAUAAAUACCCGGGUCCUGGCCGCCCUGUGCGGAGCCCAGCUGCGGAGCCAAGACGAGGACGCAGCCUUGUCCGAGGGGUCGUCACAACGACAACCCCAGCCAUGUGGAGCAGCCUGGGGUUCGCCCUGGCUCUCUGCCUCCUCCCCUGGGCAGGAGCGCAGAGCCAGGGGCAGAAGUCCUUAUGUAAGCAGCCUCCAGCCUGGAGCAUCGGGGAUCAAGACCCGAUGCUGAACUCCCAGGGCUCGGUCACCGUGGUCGCCCUCCUCCAAGCCAGCUGACCCUUUUGCAUUAUGCAGGCAUCCAGUUUGGAAGACCUGCGAGUAAAACUGGAGAAAGAAGGUUUUGCUAACAUCUCGUAUGUUAUCGUUAACCAUCAAGGAUUCGCUUCUCGAUCAAAAUAUAUGUAUCUUAAAAAUAAGGUUUCAGAGCAUAUUCCUGUUUAUCAACAAGAAGAAAACCAAACAGAUGUCUGGACUCUCUUAAAUGGAAACAAAGACGACUUCCUCAUAUAUGACAGAUGUGGCCGCCUUGUGUACCACCUUGGCCUGCCUUUCUCCAUCCUAAGGCACUUGUAUGUGGAACUGGCCAUUAAGAUCGUUUACUGCGAAGACAAAUGUGGAAACUGCUCUUUGACGACCCUGGACGAUGAAGACUUCUGUAAAAACGUGUCUUUGGUCACCGUGAGAAAAACGACUGAGGCCCCAGAGCCGCAGCCCCACCACCAUGACCACGACCAGCGCGGGCACGGGCAUGGGCACGGGCGCGGCGGGCACACACACACUCGGCACGGCCAGCCCUCAGAGAACCAGCACCCAGAAGCACCCCCCGCGUCUGAGCACCCCCAGGCUCCAAGCCUGCACCACCACCACAAGCUCAAGGGCCCCCAAAGCCAGGGCGAUCCAGUAAUGUGAGAUAUGCCAGGGGGUGAGACGUUACCACCUUCUUCGCAAAGGAAGCCCUGAGGAAAGAGGUGUCUAAAUCAGUUGCUCUGAAAGUUGCCCAAGGAUUCAGAGUUAGCUCCCAGCAGCUGAUGCUGACAUUGUCGGCAUCUGGUAUUUGAAAAAACAGGGUCUGCAAUCACAUGACAGUGUCAGGAAAGCCUCCCCUCUUUAUGUAGCUGAGAGGGGCUGUGGGCAGAGGAGAACGUCAUUGAAUCUUGACAGUGACGUUUGUCUCCAGCCGCCUGACAGCCCAGCCGGCGGCUCCAGCCCACAGAAGCCAGCACCACCUGAAGCUGAAAAGAUAAGGCAGAAAUGUGAACAUGACCUUCAAACUAAAUAUUUACAAAGGAUACACUCCCAAGCCACUCUCAGCACAAUUUCACUUUCUGCAUUUUUAUAAGCUACUCCAUAAUGAUCCAAAUUAGGAAUUGAAUUUGUGCAAACAUGAAGAAAUCUUUGAUAUUGGCUGCCAAAUUUUAAGAUUUAUGCCAAAGAAAAUUUUGACCCCAACCGUUUUUUUAAAUGAAAGGCACCUAAAAGGUGAUUGCAGGGUUUGGUUACUAUGUCUUUCUCUUUCUUUUUCCAGCUUUCUACUUGCCUCAAUGAAAGCAGGAACAUAAACUAUGACCUAGGGGUUUCUGCUGGAUAGUUGGCAAGUAGAAUGGAGGAAGAACCGCAAAGACACGUUUUCCAUUUUUUCUUACUUGUCAAAACACUAUUACCUUUGUCUUUUUAAUCUUAUAGGUUUAACUGAUUAAACCUUUAAAGGAAGAAGUGAAUUCUGUCUUUUAAGAUCCAGAAAUACUUAAUGUAUGAGUAUUUUGCUAUAACUACCUUUUAAAUAUCCAUUUACACUUUUUUAUAUCUAAGACUCAAAUCUUGAUUUUUACUAUUGCCUGUGAAGUCUUUAUCUAUUGUUUUCUUUACUUGGCAUUAUAUCACACUCUCUAAAACUUGAGAAUGUCUGUCUUGAAAGAUAUA